CCAACACAUCGCUGCACCUCGGGAUCGUACAGCUCUGCACAUCCACCACACCAGCUUUUCGUCCUUUGUACCCAACCCCAUCUUGCUCUGACCCUGCCACGAACCACUAAACAACCAGCUGCCAACAUGCCACGGGACCUGUUCGCCGAGAAAAAGGACAAGGAGGCGCUCGACAAAAUGCCCCAAUUGACGAGAGAACCACUCGCGAGCUCACCAACUACUAAAUCUGCACCCAAAUCACGUUUCAAGACACCGUCAUUGGUUGAGGAGAGGUUCCAGAAGAUGGGCCUCAACCCUUUCGUUCAACUGCUCAGCCAGGACGAUCUGGACAAUUGCGACUGGCUGGAACAUGCCGCGUUUGACCCAAUCGAGGCGGCUACGAGAGAAAAGAUCGACUACCGCCUCCAUCUAUGCGGCGAGCUUUGCUCUGGACUCUUCUCCUCGGCCUACCCAACCGAAACCGGACCCCUAGGCGCCAUCAUCAAGACACGAAACUUCCAGCCGGUAGACUCGAACCAAAGCGACCGAAAGCAGAUCCUCCUAGCCCACAUCAUCGCCACAAAGUCCACCUCCGCCGUCGUCACAGACGCCUCAAUGGACUACCCCAAGGACUGGCAAACAAACUACCAGCUCGCCCCGAGCACAGGCCACACCGAAGACGGUCAGACCAUCUGUCUGCAUUCGCUGUGUGUGCACCCGGACUUCCAGGGCAAGGGCCUCGCGCAGGUCUUGCUACGGAGCUAUGUCCAGAGGAUCAAGGACUCGGGCGUUGCGCGGAGGAUUGCGCUGCUUAGUAGGGAGAGGCUGGUCGGGUUCUACGAGAAGGCGGGGUUUAGGAAACUUGGGCCCAGUGCGUGCCAGUAUGGCGGGGGCAACUGGGUCGAUAUGGUGAUUGACUUCCAGGGCGGCCUUGAUCACGAUCACGAGUUCUAGGCGUGUGGAGCACGUCAGGAGGAAAGUCAUGAAUGACAUGAAUUACGACAUUGUAUGGUACGAUUCUUUCAGCUUUUCACAAAAGUCAGGCGAUUACAACUGGAUAACUUGAGCCACAAGAUCAAAAUCAUGUUCAGCAUGGGAAAAGUAGUCGUGGCUUAGCUUACUAAAAAAUGAUACUCUCAACUUUCCAC